UCCAUCCCUCAUCAAAAUUCAAUCAAUCUCAAAACCCUAAUCAAAUUCUCCAGCAAUGGCGGAUACCGAAAUCGAGAUCGAGAUCCCAUCCUACUUCCUCUGCCCAAUCACCCUCGCCAUCAUGAGAGACCCCGUCACCGUCUCCACCGGCAUCACCUACGACCGCCACAGCAUCGAGAAAUGGCUCUUCACGCAGCAAAAGACCACCUGCCCCGCCACCAAGCAGCACCUCCCCUCCCUCGACCUCACCCCCAACAUCACCCUCCGCCGCCUCAUCCAGUCCUGGUGCACCCUCCACGCCCUCCAGCGCCUCCCCACCCCCAAGCCCCCCCUCACCCGCCCCCACCUCCUCCGCCUCCUCUCCUCCGCCGCCCACUCCCACUCCCUCCAAUCCCUCAAAUCCGCCGCCGCCGAGAGCCACACCAACCGCCGCAUCAUGGCCGCCGCCGGCGCCCCCGAAUUCCUCGCCUCCUUAAUCACCACCCCCGCUGCAGAGGAUGCUCUCAGCCUCCUCUGCGCCCUCCAGCUCCCCGAAUCCAGCCUCAAACCCCUCUCCACCCCCAAUUUCAUCCAAUCCCUAACCCUAAUUUUACAAAUCGGCAGCUACGAAUCGCGAUCCUACGCGAUCAAUCUCCUCAGAUCCAUCACCGAAAUCGCCGAUCCGUCAACCCUCACAUCCCUAAACCCCCAAUUCUUCACCGAAAUCGCUCAAUUUCUGAAAUCGGAUGACAUCACGAGAAAGGAGAGGAAAUCGGCUUUAAAAACCCUAGCCUCCGUCUGCAUUUGGGGGCGGAAUCGAGUGAAGGCAGUCGAGGCCGGAGUUGUAUCAGCGGCGAUCGAUUUACUGCUGGAGACGAGCGAGAAGAGGAUGUGUGAGAUGUUGAUGGGGGUGGUGGAGGUGCUGUGCCAGUGCGCGGAGGGGAGGGCGGAGCUGGUGGGGCACGCGGCGGGGCUGGCGGUGGUGUCGAAGAAGAUACUGAGGGUGUCGGGGGCGGCGAGCGAGAAAGGGGUGAGGAUACUGCAGGCGGUGUCGAGGCACUCGGCGACGAAGGCGGUGGUGGCGGAGAUGAUGCAGAGCGGGGUGGUGGGGAAGCUGUGCUUGGUGGUGCAGGUGGAUUGUGGGGUGAAGAUAAAGGAGAGAGCGAUGGAGAUUUUGAAGGCGCAUGCCAGAGCCUGGAGGAAUUCACCUUGCUUGCCUUACCAUUUUAUCUCUUCUUAUCCCUCAUGAAAAAUGGACUAUAAUUAUUGGAUCCAUGCAAAUUUAGGUUUUUCAUUUUUUUUAAUUUCCAUGUCAAUAGUUGGAUUUUUGGAGUCAUAGAAUUUGUACACGAGGGGCAGGAACUGCCCAUUUUAGUUACAUUAAUUAGUUGAACAAUUCUAUAAGUAUCAAGAUUUCAGAAAUUCGAAACA